UUUCCAACUGUUUUAUCUGGCCGACCAGCUCGUCUUCCACUCUCUCUCUCACCACUAUUCACGUCUAUACUUACGACUUAUUGACAGUCUAUAAUGUUACUCAACCUUUAUAUCUCGUCUUAACAGUUUGUCACUAGCCCCGCCGGCAAGGCUACUAGUUAGCGCAUGCUACUCUCACUUUCACACAUGCAUGAUAUUCUAGUCUAUCCCGACCUCUUAGUGUGUUCUUUGUGAAACGAGCCCUAUCGUGCUGCUUGGACUAUUAGCCUCUCAUAUGGAAAAGCAGUACGGAAAGGAAGAUGGCGACAGCAACAAAUGGUAUCCCUGAUGCCGACUUGGUGCAGACUUCCCCAGCUGGUCAUACUCACCCUAAUGCAAUACGAUCUAAUGAUGAGAUGAUUGACGAGAAGCGCGACCCUGACUCCAUAUCUCAAGGCUCUGACGACUCUCCCGUGAUAGAAGGCAAAGAUGAGGAAUCACAUGUUCGCACUACCUUUUCAGAUGAAGAGAAAGAGGGUCCGAUAGUGGUACCUAGAUUGAAACGAAGGGGGCUUUUCGGUCAGCUCUCGUUGCUGGCUGAAGUUGAGAACCCCAAGGUAUAUCCGCGGAAGACGAAGUGGUUUAUCACGUUCGUGGUAGCAGUGGCAGGAGCUGCAGCUCCAAUGGGUAGCUCAAUCUUCUUUCCCUCCCUUUCCCAAGUAUCAAUGGAACUGGGAACCUCAACAACCAUAACGAAUUUAUCAAUCUCCCUAUACAUGCUUAGUAUGUCGAUCUUCCCACUGUGGUGGUCAUCUUUUAGCGAAAGAUUGGGACGACGAACGAUAUACCUCGUUUCCUUCAGCCUCUUCGUUGUUUUCAACUCUCUCUGUGCCAUCUCUAGUUCAAUAGCUAUGCUUAUUGUACUGCGAAUGUUGAGUGGUGGUGCAUCUGCAUCAGUUCAGGCUGUUGGUGCAGGAACCAUUGCGGACCUUUGGGACCCCCAAGAAAGGGGACGUGCUAUGAAUAUCUUCUAUCUCGGUCCGCUAUGUGGACCUCUGAUAGCCCCAAUUGUAGGAGGUGCUUUAGCUGAACGCUGGGGAUGGCGAAGUACGCUUUGGUUUCUGGCCGCCUAUGGAGGGCUCACCGUGGUUUUCAUUUUUUUUGCCCUUCCAGAAACACUGGCAAACACGAAACUCCAGACACAGGAGGCGACUAUCGAGCAAGAGGAAACUAUUAGGCGUCAAGUGAGUCGAGUAUCCUCUCGACAAGUCGUUCAGUUCACCACUAGGUGGUUGAAGGUCCUCAAGAUGGUGUUUCUCGACCCUUUGAAGAUCAUUCUUUACCUGCGCUAUCCUCCCGUUCUACUAACUGUAUACUACGCAAGUAUCACUUUUGGAUCUCUUUAUGUGCUAAAUGUCAGUGUUGAGCAUACAUUCAGCGCUAGUCCAUAUAACUUCAGCACAAUCAUCGUUGGCCUGCUUUAUAUACCAAACUCGCUCGGAUAUGUUGUUGCUAGCACCUUUGGAGGCCGUUGGAUGGAUAGCAUUAUGCAACGGGAGGCAAAGAGAGCCAAAAGAUACGACGAACAUGGAAACUUGAUCUAUCGCGUGUUUUGGCUAGCACCGAUGAUUGCCAAUUUCUUCUUCGGCGUUGGAUCGAUGCUCAUUUUCGGCAUGGCAACGACCAUGCUGACAGAGUUCAUGCCCAAGAAAUCCUCUGCAGGUGUUGCACUGAACAAUUUUAUGCGAAAUAUCUUCUCCUGCGUGGGCUCAGUUGUCACCGCCCCAAUCAUCGAUGCCAUUGGCAAUGGAUGGCUGUUCACCAUUCUCGGACUGGUCGCGUUUGCAAGCAGCUCCGUCCUCUUCGUGAUGAAAGUUUACGGGCCUCGGUGGAGGAAAUCGAUGGAUGCUCUGAGAACAUGA